CUCGUCCCCAUCCACACUAGCACACUGAUACUUCCGUACGCGCUGGUGAAGCGCCGCUCGGUCUACCUGCCCAGCGUCGAGGAAGAAGCGAUGGCCGACGACGGCUACGGCGCCGGCUCUCUCCGGCGGCCGUCCUGGAUCUGCCAUCUCGCGGUGAUCUCCACCACAUUCUGGGCCUUGCUAUUCUACUUUCACUACGCCAUGCAGGGCAACAUGGCGUCCAUCUUCCUCAAGCCGUCUUCAUUCUCCCUCCCCUCGCUGCCGCCGUCCCUCAGCGGCUGGCUCGGCCAGGACCGGUGCGCCGGCCGGCGGAUCUACAUGUACGACCUGCCGCCCCGGUUCAACGCCGACCUCGCCCGCGCCUGCGGUAAGCACUCCACGGGGAUGGACAUGUGCAGGCACGUGGCGAACGACGGGUUCGGCGUGCCGCUCUUCGGCGGCGAGGGCACCGGGCUGCCGGAGAGGGGCGCGUACGACACAGACCAGUACACGCUGGCGAUGAUCUUCCACGCCCGAAUGCGCCGGUACGAGUGCAUGGCCGCCGACGCGGCCGCCGCCGACGCCGUGUUCGUGCCCUUCUACGCCGGCUUCGACGCGUCGCUGACCCUGUGGCAGAGCGACGUCGCCGCGCGGGACGCCCUGCCGCGCGACCUGGUCGCCUGGCUCACGCGGCGGCGCGAGUGGCGCGCCAUGGGCGGCCGCGACCACUUCCUGGUCCUCGGGCGGGGCACCUGGGACUUCAUCCGCGCCGACGACGGCGGCUGGGGCAACGCGCUGAUGACCUACCCGGCCAUCCGCAACAUGACGCUGCUCACCAUCGAGGCCAGCCCCUGGCUGGGGAACGACUUCGCCGUGCCGUUCCCGUCGCACUUCCACCCGUCGUCGGACGCCGACGUGGCCGCCUGGCAGGACCGCGUGCGCCGGGCGGAGCGCAAGUGGCUCUGGGCCUUCGCCGGCGCGCUGCUCCCCAGCGGCUCCACCAAGACCGUGCGCGCCCAGAUCAUCCAGCAGUGCCGCGCGUCGCCGGGAGCCUGCGGGAUCCUCGGCGGCAGGCACGGGCUCUACAACUCGCCCGGCCGGUUCUUGCGGCUGAUGGAGAGCGCCGUGUUUUGCGUGCAGCCGCGCGGGGACUCGUUCACGCGCAAGGCCACGUUCGACGCCAUCCUCGCCGGCUGCAUCCCGGUGUUCUUCCACCCGGCGUCGGCGUACCUGCAGUACACGUGGCACCUGCCCAGGGACUACCGGAGCUACUCCGUGUUCAUCCCGCACGCCGACGUGGUGGACCGGAACGCCAGCAUCGAGGCGGCACUCAGGAGGAUCCCGCCGGCGACGGUGGCGCGGAUGCAGGAGGAGGUGGUCCGGCUCAUCCCGACGGUGAUGUACAGGGACCCGGCGGCGACGCAGGUGUCGUUCAAGGACGCGUUCGACGUCUCCGUUGACGCCGUGCUCCGCCGCGUGGCCAAGAGGCGCCGCGCCGCGGCGGAGGGCCGGGAGUACCAGGACAGCGUGGACGGGCCGGAUAGCUGGAAGUACGACCUGCUGGAGGACGGGCAGACGCAUGUUGGGCCGCACGAGUUCGAUCCCUACUUAUAGAUUGCAA